GAAGAGUUGCAUUCGUCAACUUGCUUGCAACAUCCAACAACGAUGGCCGACGCGACGAGCAAAGUCAAAGCCAGCGGCGCGAUCAACGAGCCUUCGCCACCCGAGUAUUCGCGUUCGUGCAAGGAUAUCAUUUUCGCCAUCCUCUUCCUCAUCGUCGUCGGCGUCACUAUCUACUUUGCUGCAAGCUUUGGCGCGACGUAUAUUUCCGAGACGCAGAUCCAAGAUGUCAAGAAGACGACAGGCUUCAUGGUCAUCUUGAACUACGGCGGUAUCUCGGGAGCGAUCGCGAUUGGCAUCUCGCUGCUCUGGAUCCUCACCAUGAUGUUUGUGGGGGAGUGCAUCAUUUGGGCCUCGAUUGCCUUUAUGAUUCUCGCGAACGUCUUUGCCGCUGUCUACAUGACGCAGCGCCUCCACGAACGCGGCGACGCCCAUUACUGGUGGCCUGCCGCCGUCUUUGGCACCAUCGCACUUUUGAUCUUGCUCUACGCUGUGUGCAUUCGGCACCGGGUCAAGUUUGCGGCCGUGCACUUGCACGUUGCGGGCAAAGCCAUCUUUCGACUUCCAUUCACGCUCGUCGUCGCGCUCGUCAUGGUGGGCGUCCAAUUGGCGUGGGCCAUCACGUGCAUCGUUGGCACAUUUGGGCUGCUGCACCACCAAGGCGCCAUCGCAUUGAGUGACGGGUGCGCCCACAAUGCUACGUUUGCCACGUGCCGCGUCAAGGUCCAGUACGGCCAAGCGCUGGGCUUGCUGAUCCCGAUCCUCCUUGUCUUCUUCUGGGGCGCCAUGGUUAUCAAGAACAUUUUGGCGGUCACUGUCUCGGGUACCGUCGCGAACUGGAAGGUCAACGCGGCCGCGCCGAUGAUCACGGUCGUCGCAUGGGGCCGCGCGCUCACCGUGAACCUCGGUAGUAUUUGCUUUGGGUCGCUCAUCGUUGCCAUAUUGGAGACGAUCCAAACUGUUCUGGCUGGCAUCUCGUACGCAGCGCAACAAUCCGGCAACUGUGUCGCCGCGUGCAUCGUGGGCUGUCUCGCGUGCCUCAUUGGCGUCAUCAAGUCGUGGAUGGAGACCUUCAACCGGUUUGCGUACGCCUACGUAGGGAUCCAUGGCUACAGCUUCCUCAAGGCCGGCCAUAAAGUUUCCAAGAUGUUUGCGUCGAAAGGCUGGUCUGCGAUUGCCAAUGACGACUUGACGCAAAAAGUUUUCUUCCUCGGCAACCUCGUCGUCGGCACGCUCGCUUGCUUCCUCACGAUCCAAGUCGCUUCGGCCCAUUUGAAGGAGGACCCACAGCUCUUUGCGGGUCUCAAGAAGCCGGAAGCCAUGAUCGGCGUCCUUGGGUUCCUCAUCGGCUACGUCAUCAACAACCUCUUUAUGUCGCUCAUGGCAAGCGCCGUCUCGACGAUCUUUGUGCUCUGGGCCGAAGACCCCGCGGGGUGGCAGGCGACGCAGCCCGACCACUACGCCAAGCUCCAUGCGGCGUGGCUCAACAUUUACCCCGACGAGUACAACAACGGCGUGGGCAAGCCCGAGACAAGCCAAGUCUAG